AUGUCAGAGGAAUCACAACAGCAAUUGGAACCUGGACCUGGAUUAUUUGCUUCCAAAUUGAGAGUAGGAAUAACCCAGAUACCUGACAACAAACAAAAUCAACAAAUCCCCAAUUCAAGUUGUUUAGGUGAACCGCUCCGAAUUCUUUUGGUUGGAAUGACAGGGGCAGGAAGAAGUGCAACAGGCAACACCAUCCUGGGAAAACAGGUUUUUAAAUCUGAGAUAUCAUCAUCCUCUGUGACUAAGCAAUGUGAAAAAAAUAAUGCAACAGUCAAUGGAAGAAAUAUAUCAGUUAUUGACACCCCGGGUCUGUUUGACACCAGCUUAAAUACAGAUGAAGCGGUCAACAGAAUUAAGCAUUGCAUUUUACUCUCUGCUCCUGGUCCACAUGUCUUCUUAGUUGUGAUUCAGCUGGGCAGAUUCACAGAUGAAGAGGCAGAAGCUGUUAAUAGCAUUCAAGCAGUUUUUGGUGAGGAAUCCUCCACUUACAUCAUGGCACUGUUCACUCAUGGAGAUCGACUGGAGGACAAGAACAUUCAUACAUUUGUACGGGAAAGCCCCAAACUGCUCAGUUUCAUCAAAACUUGCAGUGGAAGAUUCCAUGUGUUCAACAAUAAAGAACAAAAUCCUGAACAGGUCAUUCAGUUGUUUGAAAAGAUUGACAAAAUAGUUACUGGAAAUGAUGGACAGCAUUACACCAGUGAGAUGAUUGAAAUAGAGAAAGCGAUUGAGGAGGAAAAAAUUAAUAUCCUGAAACAGAAUGAGGAGCAGAGAAAAAAUAAAACAGAAGCUCUGAGGGCUAAACUGGAAGGUGAAGCUUUUGAAAAAGAAAAAGAAAAACUGGACAAUGAAUUUGAACAGCAGGCACUAUGGAAAGCUGAGAAAAAUAUUCGUAGGCCUAUGCGAAAUGAAGGAUUCUCUUUUCUUAAUUAUUUAAGGACUUUUUUUUCCCUUUUUUUCCCAAAAGAAACCUGAAUCUUGAAAGAUAAAUAAAUCAAAUAAAACAUUUCAUUAAACAAAAAUUCAAUAAAUGAUUAUAUACUGUAUUUAAAAACAAAAGUCAAACUGAAUAUAUAAAAUGCAGAAUCUAUUAAUUAAAAAAAUAUGCUCACAUACACUCUCCAGUGACUGUGUAGCCUGGUUGACACCAGGCCCUUCUCAGUUGGAACAUUGAAGGUUUGGGCUGAAAUAUCAUUGC